UCUCUUGGCCCAGCAACACGCAUGCACUGUAACCAUAGAAACAGACCAUUACUGUCAAUUAUUACCGUUGUUCUAUCUGUGAUACUGUGCUGUAUGUAGCCUGUCGCUAGCUGGUUAGGUAGCUAACUGGCUAAAUAUACUUUUUUUGUGGGGGAAUUUGUCGUUCAUGCCACAAGUUAUGGUUGUACGAGUAGAAGAAGUUGCUGCAUCGCUUGUGCGGGAAUUUCUCAGUCGGAAGGGACUCAAGAGAACGAUUGCCUGCAUGGAUGAAGAGCAUCCUCGUACAGAUGGCAGCAUCAACAAUAGAUCCGAUCUGCGACAAAUUCUUCAUUUGGAAGGUCUAUAUAAAAACAACAAGGCCCAAGACUGUCCCCUGAAAUCAAUGUUGGAAAUCAUUGUAAGACAUCACAUUGAAGGACAUAAAGAGGACAGGCCAGUCUUCAACAGUGAUGUCAUCCAGACCGUAUCAACUACACAGAAGUUGGUGACAAAGUCUCCAAUAUUGACACCAACAGUGUAUGACCACAGCAGGGCAGAAGAGAACACUACUAGAUUUAUUUUCAACAAAACUGACAUGUCAAGGUCACUUUCAGAGGUUGUCUGUCCACCUCAUGGUACAUUAUCAUCAUUUGAAGUGUCAGAUACUCCCCCAACAACUACCCAGAGAAGUUUCUGGAGCCAUAGCCUUUCCUCAGACGGCCAGCAGGACCGACAGCAUGUACCCUCCUUCCUAGACAAUGACAGCGCCGCUAAAAGGGAAUCCUUUUCAGACAAAAACACGGUCGUCACCACAGAGAGUACUCAUAAGAACAAAACAAGCCGCCUCAGACGAGGCAUGAUGGCAGGUCCCAUAGCUAGUUCCCCCCAGGAAUCGAAUAGAAAACGUCAGACUCGACGGUUGGGAGGCCCUAAUCUUCUUCUGGCAAAUGAUGAAAACCACAAAAACAUCAGCGAUGGGCCUCUGUUGACUACUGUCCAGUCACAGAGAAUGGUUAAAGGGUUGACAGAGCUCUCCACUGCUGACCCCAUGAGAGAAAGCCAACAGCCGCGGCGCAGCACACUGGGGAGAGGAUUUGAUCAAGAUGGCUAUGGGUUUGAGAGAGUAGGAAAAGACAAGCACAAGACCAGCAAAACAAAAUCAAUGACCAAUCAAAAUGUUGAUGUGCACAUGUCGGAGAUGAUUUUGGAUGACAUUGAUGAUGAUGAGGAGUUGCGUGAGCUCUCCAGAGUGUCCUGCCACUCCUCCAGUUUGCCUCAAACCACUUCUGAUAGUCAACCCAUGGACCAGCAUACUGCCAUUGCCCUGAAAGAGCUCAUCCUUGGCUCCAGGACCAGUUGUUUCAGUGCCGAGUGGAGGAGUCAGAGCUUCACUUUCUCCGAUGCACCUGAUCUGAGAUAUGGGCUUGUUCAGAAGAAGGGUGGUCCUUGUGGAGUUCUGGCUUCAGUCCAGGCUUGUAUUCUGCAGAAACUUCUAUUUGAGGGGACCGGCAGCGACGCAGGGCACCAGAGAUUAAGACCCUCUGGUGCUGUGAGAACAAAGUGCCUCACGUUAGCCACUGCUGAGAUCCUGUGGAGGGCUGGGGAGGGGAAAAAAGCCACCAUCGCCAUAACAUCAGGAAGAAAUCAUUUCACCCCUACAGGACACCAUAGAUCUGAAGGAGUACUAGAAAAGAUUACAUGUAUUGAUGUUGACAAUCUAAAGGACCUUCAGUUGCUUGUGGAACAGCAUAUUCAACAGUUUGAGUCCGGAGCCUUAGGGUGUAUAUUGCUCACCAUCUCUGCUAUUCUCUCCAGAUCUAUUGACCGGGUUAGAGAGGAUAUGGAUGUCCCCAACACCACACUCAUUGGAGCCCAUGGCUACUGCACACAGGAGCUGGUCAAUUUAUUGCUGUGUGGACAGGCUGUGUCCAAUGUCUUCAACAACAAUAUGGAGCUGGAUUCAGGCAAUGGAAACCUGACCCUUCUCAAGGGAAUAAGAGGUCGCAGUGACAUUGGACUGCUGUCCUUAUUUGAACAUUAUAAUAUAUGCAAGGUUGGCUCCAACCUGAAGACUCCCAAGUUCCCUAUCUGGGUGGUGUGCAGCGAGAGCCAUUUCAGCGUGCUCUUUGGUGUGCAGGAGCUGCUGAGUGACCAGUGUGUGAUCGGGGAGUUUGACCUGUACUACUACGACGGCCUAGCCAAUCAGCAGGAGGAAAUCUGCCUAACUGUCUUUGUAGGUACCUCAGGAAAAUCUGCUGGCUGCCAAGGUAUGGACACUGAUCUCAUUCCUCCUCUUGAACACUGUAUACGGACCAAAUGGAAAGAUGCCAUUGUCAAUUGGAAUGACACCGAGCCCAUACUUUGACUGGCUAGUGGAUAGAAGGGGAUGACUGUAGAUGAGACUGGGCCUACACCAUGGCUGGAGACACAAAAUAUACUGCUUUCUUAUUGCAAAAUAUGCCAUUUAGCAAACACUUUUUUCCAAAGUGACUUAUAGUCAUGCAUGCAUUACAGAUUAAAUAGAUUUACUUACAGUAGCGGUGCAUGGGUAAAACCACUGGGGAAGCCAAGCCCCCRCCCC